UUUUUAUUUGUGAACAGAACUCAUAGAUACAGAACUUUUUAGAGAUAAUAUUGAAAUAAAGAUGCCAGAAGUAGAAAUUGAUUGGCCGUGGCAAUAUAAUUUUCCACCUUUUUACACCCUCCAGCAGCAUCCAGAAACUCGUUCUAAACAAGUUGCAGCUUGGAAAUCUUUAAUAUUGAAUUACUGUGAAAAAACAAAAAACUAUACCAUAGAUGUAAGGGAUACCAAUCAGUGUCCCCUGUUUAAUAAUUCUACUAUUAAUAGAAAACUAGAACCAGAUAUUAUAAUUUCUAUCUUAGGAGAAUUACAAAGAACUGGUAAUGCAGCGCCUGUAGACAAAGCUAAAAAUCGUUGGGAAAUCUAUUGGCACACACUUGAAGAAUGGGCAACCAUUGUUUAUGAUUUCAUAAAUGAAAGGGGCAUGCAAAAUACAGUAGUCACUCUAUAUGAACUUACCCAAGGUGAAGAUAGUAUUGAUACAACUUUUUAUGGAAUGAAUCAAGAUGUUUUGAUUAAAGUUUUGAGGGUCUUAGAAGGUGACAGAAAAUGCGAGCUUAUACUUGAAGAUGAUAUUCAAGGAGCAAAGUUUUUUUAAAUUAUACUCUGAACAUGUUAAUAUAGAUACCUAAUUGUUUAUUACAGGUUUUUCUAUUUACAAAUUUUAAAUAAACAUCCUGAAAGUUUCUGUUCCUCCAUGGUUUCUGUAUUAUUGUUGGUCAGCAUUUUCACCUAAAUAGGGUAGGCCGUUUGUAUUUUUGUUCUCCAUGUUUCUAGUGGGUCACUAGAUUUAAUUUCAGCAAAAAUUACAAUGAACCAAUGAUGAAAAACUACUAGACUAAUCCAUUCAUUCAUAAUUAAGCCCUUAUUUAUUGCAAUCAUUUGGAUUAUUAUGCAGACGGAGCUGUUGCAUUGGCCUCAGCAUUAGAAAGAAGCAGACAGCUGCUAAUUUGGUUUGCAUAUCUUUAUUUAAUGAGUGAGCAUGCAUUUUGUGAAUGAAUUAGCAUUGGGAUUCUCAUCUUUCAAUACGGCACGUGUUGAGACCCCUAUCUUCCACAGAAUGCAAUUCUUAUGUAAUGUCUCUCUAUUCUAUUCAUUACGUGUUGAGUUCGCACAUAAGAAUCCCUGUCCAGUAUUUACAUCUACUACACUUCUGUCACACUUCAAAAUUAAUUGCAUACUUUCCUAAAAAAACAUUAUACAUCUAUAAUAGUUAUGAGA